UCCAAGUGACGUAUCUCACUCAGCUUCAACGAGUCUGCACUCUCCUACCUUCAAGCCUUCUGCAUCUUGUGCCUAGUCGAUAAUUCGUUGCACAUUUCGACCCCUUCGUCCUCUCUGACAUUAUGAAUACCAAGUACGCAAUCGCCGCUACCUUGGCAGUGCUGCUGGCCACUGCUUCGCUCGCAUAUGGAGCGACACAGUACAAGUCUAAGUGCAUCAACGACUCAGACUUCGACAUCGACGUCGAAAUUGUGCUCAUCGCUGGGCUUUCGGUCAAUGGACUGCUUCACAUCGUAGCGCACACUGUCCAGACUAUCCUGUACACACUCACCGGUUUAAUCGCCGGUCUGCUCGGCCUUACCUGGAAGGUGAAGUGCAUCGUCAAUGGAGUUCUCCACAGCGUCGACGUUGUCGUGCCCUUGGGAGCUGAAGUGAAGAUCUACGCGCCAGUUGUGGGAAAGCUUUGCGUUGCUGUGAACGGAGCCAUCAAGGCCUACCUGUUCUAGAUGUGUAACCAUCGAGCUGAGCGAUACCAUAUUUGCACUUUGGGCCGAGUAUUAGGAUCUGUCUAUAGUUUGUACAUUACACAGGCUUGAAAUAUAUCGGUGCAUAGGAUAUGGUUGUUCUUCUUUGUGACAUCGAUCCACCCUUACCUUGGGCUGGACGUUUUCGUUUACUUGCUGAGGUGGAAGAGCAAAUUAGGUAGAAGACUUUGUCUCGAAAGUGAAACUGAACCUGCAGUCUGUUAGACCACUGUAAUAAAGAUCGUUUCUACACC